ACUGUAGCACUUUCCACUUGUGUUUUUAUGUAUUGUUUUCAUGUUUUGUUUUUAUAUAUUGUCUUCUGGCUUUGUUGUUAAGUAUUUUUUGUACCGUUCGGUUAUUUUAAAAGGCUAUACAAAUAAAAUUUGAUUGAUAGACAUUUUAAAAUGCCGAAUCUUUGCUUCCGGCGUUUGCCACACGGACUUAAAUAUGCGUGGGACACCUGGUUUCCUAGCAACGAACGCUUUCCGCACAAAAUGGCAAAAUUUGUGCUUGCCGGAAAAACUGACUGCCCUCAUUACGCCAAAGCGGAACUUUUAGCAGACACUCUGCAGCGAGCUUUGCCGGACUUCAGUACCCAUAAGAUCUCUAUCCUCCCAGAGGAAUGGAAGGAAUGGCUGGAGGCUACAUGCAAAAGAAAUGGCUGGAAACACGAGCACUCCCCUUUGGUUUGGAGGGAGCUGGUGGACCAAGGGGGCAAAGGGAUGAUCUUAGGGGGCUUCAGUGACUUCCUGGAGCACUGCCAGGAAUACUACGGCGUCACAUCGGACAUGUCCACGGAGGUGAUGCUGAGCGUUGCGGCGGAGAACCUGGAGGCCAAGGUGAACCUCAUCGAGGAGGAGCGGCGCCGCGUCAGCCUCAUCCGCCCUCUGCGCAUAUGGAUCACCGGGUGGGUUUGUCUGGAGGAUGAGCGGGGCCCCACGCGUGAACGUGUCUCAGCUGACGGGUUUGUCUUUCCCAGCGCUCUCAGCCCGACGUCCCACAUCCUGAUCCCCAGCCUGCUUUCGCCCGAGACCUUCCCCGGCGUCUCUGCCAUCAGCCUCCACCUGCUGGACGUGGAGGGGAGCGAGGAGGAACUGCAGGGGAUGAGGAUGGAGACCGAGGACCUGGCGCCCAGUAUGCUCCACCAGGUGACGGUUCACACAGGUGUGGAGCAAGCCUUCUUAGAGGCAGGCAUCAUCCUCCUGCUGGACGACGGCGCAGUUAAAUGCAACAACGAGGAGGAGAAGAAGAAGAAAGUGAAGGGAAUAUCCGAGCGGUACAGAGAGUACGGGCAGCUGAUCGACACGAGGGCCAAGAAGGACGUGAAGGUGGUGGUGUGCGGCGACGCCUUUGUCAACCUGAGAUGCUCACUCCUCAUGAGCAAUGCAGCCUCAAUUGACAACUGUCAAUUCGUCGCCACGGCAACUCAGCUGGAGAAUGAAGCCAGGGCUGUGAUUGCAAAGAAGAUGAAAGUCAGAGCAUCGGAUAUUACAGAUGUCAUUGUGUGGGGGAACAUCAGCGGUAGUUUCUACAUUGACCUGCAGAGGGCGAAAGUUUUCAACUACGACGGGCCAAUCAAGGGACCUGGUUUAUUUUCCCAGUCACUCCUAAAGGUUUUUCAUGACAGGAAUUGGUUGGAAACAGACUUGCAGCACUUGGUGCGCAGUCAGCGUGUUGAUGUGACUUCAAAGACGGGCCGAGCGGCUGCCACGUCGGCCGCAAACGGGAUCCUCACCGUCCUGAAGGCCUGGAGCGGCACCGGCGACCCACAGGAGAUCCGGUCUGUGGGCGUGUCCUGCCCAGGUCAUUUCAGUGUCCCAGACAGCGUCACCCUCUCAGUUCCAGUCACCUUUAUGGAUGGGAAAUGGCGCGUGGCGUCUGACGUGACCGUCCGGGACGAGCUUAAGGAGAGACUUCAGGUUUCUUUCAGUGAACUGCAGCAGGUGUGUCCGGUUUCAGGGCAACACGUUGCACAAUGAUUCAUAGCAACACAUCACAGCGUUCGCAGUGCCAACAGUAUUUUUUGUUUUUUUUUCUCCCCCCUCUUUCCCAGGAGAAAGAUCUCGGCUCAGAGGCGGCUUGAAUGACCACAUCUCAAUCGCGUCCGUUUCAGUUUGUUCUUUUAUUCUUUUACUUUCACAAGUGAAGUCGCAGUUUUUUUUUUUUAUUCCCACCAGUUUUAAUGACAGUUUUAAAGUCUCGCCCGGCGUGGUGAAAAAUCAUCUGUAGCAGUUAUAGUUUUUAAGACGUAAAAGAUCAAACUGAGUACUUUAUGGAAAAAGGAGAAAUUAGAAAAUAUAUUCCUUUUUUUUUUCUUAAAAUUGUACAGUUGGAUAAGUGCCUUUUUUUUUAUAGUUCAAGAAGCAGUAUUUUAAGCAUAAAACACAAAUACCAUACACAAACUAGUCUGUUAAUGCCGUUCUCUAAAUCUGAUGUUCUCGCUCGCCACCGUUUACAGUUAAGGACACGUCGAAACUUUUACUACCCACCUCGGUAAUAAAAUAUCACACAAACUGAACACGAUGGUCUCGUUUAACCUGAAACAAACAGAUUUUUUUUGUUUUUUUUGUUUGUUUUUUUUUUUUGCCUCUCACAAAUUGUGCAGUACUUUGUCGGCAGACAAGGAGAACUUGAACAGAGUGCUGUUUUUACAUGCAGAAUAUACACUUCUUUUUGCAUUUCUACACUAUACACAAGGAGGCAUUGACUGGAAAAAGAAACAAAAAAAGAAAAAAAAGAAAGGUUAGUACAAAUACAGUGCACUACGACAAGUCGGGGGAAACAGACAGGUAAUUUCCGCGGUGUUACGUUUCACUUUGUACAACCCACCCCUGAGAUUCGGAUGCCGAGUGGUUUACAAAAGUGAAUUUUAUUUUUGUGUUUUUUUGAAUUUUUUUGAAUUUUUUCCCAUACGGUCGAGCGCGGUUGCCAGAUCCGAGCGGUUUCGCCCCCGAACCGGACGUGAAAAUAUUACCCCCACCCCCUCCCUCCCCCACCAGCUUUGCGGAAACGGAAGAGUGAGCCGGAAUACGUGCGUGACGCGUGGCAUGCAUGAACCUGUCGUGGCACAGAGGAGGUCGCUCGGUAAAUACGCGCGCCCCAGCGAUGACUGCACGCGCGCAGAUAGCGGGGAUGCACCGAUUUAUCAGCGCGGGACAAUAUUUGCGUUGCCAGGGUGCUGUUGACCUGAAACACAGUGACACGAGGGUGGCAGUUGUGGACGGUGUAUUUCGAACCAAGUGGCUUUUUUUUGUUUUUUUGAUUUUUUUUGUUUUUUUGAAGGGG